UUUAAAAACCAGUGUCAUAAGUCAUAACCGUCACCAGUAAAAAUAGACAGAAUUUACAAUAUAAUAUCUGUGCUAUUGCUGUCAAACUAAACUGAAAACAACUUUAUCGCAGAUUAAAGAACGAAAUACUUACAAUUAUAUUUGUUCCGGAAAUAAUCAUUUACGUUAGCAAAAAAAACAACAAAUCAUAUUUUUAAGUACUUGUUACGUUUCUUACUUUACUUGUGAAACACAUAGUUUAUUAGACAUACGUAAAGAUGAUUCAACCAGAUUAUCCAUCUACCAUUGGGCUGCUGGCCCAUCUGAAUUCGGAUGAAUUGAAAGAAAUGCUUAAUGAUGAUACGAAAUUCGAUUCCGUUCUAAAGGAUGUGAAACAGGUAAAAGAUUGGGACACAGAAAGGGAGAUGAUAAUAGCAAGUAACAGAUCUUUAGCAGAAUUCAAUUUGAGCAAGGAACCAGAAUUAGAGGAAUUAAAAUCACAGGUGCAAGAAAAAUCUGAAACAGGAGAAAAACUAUGCAGUCGUAUUCAGGAGUUGCUGAAUGAAUACAAGUCAAAAUCAGCAGGAAUAUCCCCUGAUACUACAUUAGCAUUGUUACAAACAGCUGCGGCCGAAGCAGAGGAACAAUCAGAAAGUGUAGCACAAGAUUUUCUCUCUGGCAAAAUAGAUGUCGAUAAAUUUCUUGAAGAUUUUAAAUCCAUUCGCAAAACUAUGCACCUAAGAAAGUUUAAAUCAGAAAAAAUGUGUGAUCUAUUGAGGACCGGAGGCCAAAGUUCCUAUGGUAAUGGAGUAAGCAAGCCUUAUUUACCAUACCCGAGCUACGGCACUCCCCAACGCAUGCCAAGUGUCCCAUACCCUAUAGGUCCUUUAAAUAUGCCAAUGCCAGGUAUGUAUGGUAAUCAUUUUUGAAAAUUUAAAGUUCUACUAAAAUUUAUUUUAUUAAACAAAAUUUAAUUAGGCAAUAGACUAGUAGGUGUAACAAGAAUGCCAGUGGAUGCGCUCAAAUAUGUCUAACAUACGUAUUACACCUCAGAAUUUAAAUGAACAAAUUAUGUAACAUAAAAAAACUGUCUGAAAAAAUUAUUUUUGGUUAUAUUAUUAGUUAUUUGAAUUCUUAUAAAAAAAUUAAAAGCAUCUUAUUUAAGAGAAAAAAAUAUAGAAGUUUAUUAAAAACUGAGAAGAGGUUCAAUUUAGUUUCUAAAGUUGAUAUAUAUGUACAUUUUUUUAUAUAUAGUAUAUGAAAAUCAAAAUUUAUGAACCAUAAAAAUAAUACCAAUUACAAUAAAAAAAAUCUUUAUUAAAUAAAUUAUGUUUAAGUAAAAAAUAUAAGCAAGGUGCAAAAGGAAUGAUAUUCUGAAAUUAAAUAAAUGAUUAAAACAUAA